GGGAAGAAGAAACUCAUCAAUGAGACCUAAACAGGUCAGACCACAACAAUCGCGCGGUAACGGUGGCGUAACCCGGCCAUGUUUCUCCUGUUUGUGGUGCUUGUAUGGACCCAAAGUGUAGCUACUGAGGACGGUUGGUUCUGGCAGGUGACAGAUUUCCACUAUGAUCCCCGCUACUCCACCGCCGGGGUCCCAGGCGAGAUGUGCCACGUGUCGGGCGGGCAGCAGGACGGCUCCCCGGGGGUGUGGGGAGACUACCUGUGUGACGCCCCCUGGGCACUUAUCAACUCCUCGGUGUACGCCAUGAGGCAGAUAGAAGCCAACCCCGACUUUAUACUGUGGACAGGGGAUGACACCCCGCACGUGCCUAACGAAGAGCUCGGACAGCAGGUUGUCAUCAACAUCAUCGGUAACCUGACGUCACUGCUAAAGGAGGUCUUUCCGACCAAGAGGGUGUAUGCAGCCCUUGGUAACCAUGACUACCACCCUAAGAACCAGUUACCGCCCAAUGGAAGUGACAUCUACGACGCGGUGGCCGGGUUCUGGCGGGACUGGAUGGAUGACGACGGGGCCAACAGCGCCUUCAAGCAAGGUGGUUACUACGCGGUGUCCGCUGCCCCUCACCUGCGCAUUGUUAGCGUGAACACCAACCUCCACUACAAAUCUAAUCUGGUGACAAAAGACAUGGAGGAUCCAGGGGGACACUUCGCCUGGCUGGACAGAGUGCUCGGCGACGCCCAAACAAACUCAGAAAUGGUUUUUAUUGUCGGACACCUGCCACCCGGCUUUUUCGAGCUAAAGAGAAGCCAGUACUGGAUGUACCCGAACUUUAACGAGCGCUACAACGAACUCAUUCGGAAGCACUCGUCAGUCAUCGCAGGGCAGUUCUUCGGUCACCACCACACGGACAGUUUCCGUGUCUUCUACGAUGAUGACGGCUCAGCUGUGAGCUCGAUGUUCCUGUGUCCUGCCGUGACCCCGUGGAGGACCACGCUGCCCGGCAUCAGCGGGUUCGGCGCCAACAACCCCGGAGUCAGGCUGUACAAGUACGACAGGCAGACGCUACAGAUUAAGGAUGUGGUUCAAUACUACACCAACCUGACAGAGGCCAACCUGAGCGGCAGGCCCGUGUGGCAGGAGGCCUACUCGCUCACCGUCACGUUCGGACUGCCCGACGGGGGAACGGACUCUCUACACCGCCUGGCCUCCUCCUUCACCGGCCCAGACGUGUCACAGUUUCGCAAAUAUCACCAGUUUAACACUCUAAGCUAUGAUCCUACCGAAACAUGUGAUAAUAACUGCUGGGUAGACCAUGUCUGUUCUAUCAUUGCUGUUGGACAUGACGAUUAUGACGUGUGCGUCAAUGACAAAAUCACCGGGGGCGCUCCGGAAAGCAAAAAAAUUGAGAUGGUUUUAGUCUUGACUUGUCUGUUGACCGUUUUAAUAGUUUAAAUAGCUUUCUGUCAGGCGCAGUGGAGUUUUUACACAGUAUGGGUAUUUCUUUCAGAGUAACAUAGAGUCUAUUUGUGUUGUGAUUUUCGUCAUUAUGGACGGACACUGACAGACGAAAACAGGUGUCAGAACUUCUAAAAUUAGGUUUGAGUGGCAGAAAAAUGUUGCUUGUUCUGAUCCUAUAGUGAUCCCAUAAUAUGGAACGAAAAUUUAAGAUUACCUGCGUCGUUACUUUGGUGGAAACUGUUACUUGGAAAUCAUUUCUGUCUGCCUGUUCAUAAUCCUGUUUAACAGUGACAAGGAAAUGGCCAGGGGAAUAGCUACGGUUUAUCUUGUCUCAGUUUUCCAAUGACAAGGUUUUUUCUGCGAAAAGAAGGAGGUGGGGGCAGGUGACCGGAAGUGUGACGUAACUGAUAAUUUUCACAGCCAUAGCUUGACAUUUUACUUCCUGAUUCCUCCUAUUAUUAUGUAGGCCAUAAAACAUAACAUCAAUAAACCUAUUAUUUCUUCAAGGACUAUGUGU